AUGUUCAGUCUUAUACCAGCUGGAUGGGCGCUGGUGUACUUUUCGAACGGCGUUUGCGGCUUGUUCGGACCUCGAGCAUGCUACAUCGGGUGAUUCUUCCUCCUUCCUUGUUCAAUGAAGGCCCGAAUCUUCUGUUUGCAGCUACAGCUUGAUGCUUCAUUUCUUGAGUCAUUCACUCUGGUCGCUGCUCGUUUCUUUCGUCUACCGCCUCUAUAUUUUGCACAAACCACCCCCGCGGACCAGAAGUCUUUUUCUGAUAAUGUUCGUAGUCUACUCUCCAUCUCUUUUCCAAUGUGUAGGUGAUCAUGACUCGAUGAAUGACCACAAGCAUUUGCAGAUAUCUUUCCUAGAAGCUCAAGAUUCGCAGGAAGAAGUGGAGGAAGCUCUGUUCCGCGAAUUUCCCAGUUAUGAGCUGAAUGGCGCGACUUUGAGCGGAACUGUGGAUAUCCGAUCUUUCUCGGCUCUCUUCACAAUACUCCACAUGACCUUGCCGGUCACUCCCAUCUACAUCACCAUUUUGAUAAAUCGAGGGAAAAUCAUCCAAAAGCUGAAGAACUCGGCCGCGCACAUGGGAAUCAGAACAAAGACCAUGCACAAACAGCUUCUGACGGUUUGCAAAUUGAAAGUUCUUUCUGGGGUAUUCCGAAGAGACACCUCACAGGCUUUGACGUACCAGGCUGUGAUUCCGACCUUUUUCUGGAUAGGUGUUAUGAGCUACGCGACGGGUCAGCUGGGAAUCUACAACCACGAGGCUCUCGAAUACGUCGUUUUCUCCUGUUUGAUGCUGAACCCAGUGCUCAGUCCCCUGGCCACCCUCGUCUUCGUCCGGGCCUUAUAG